AUGUAUAUCAAUUAUCUCACACGAUCUCUCACCGGUUCGCUAAAGUCAACCGGUGGAUCAUUUUCUUGCCAUUGUGUCAUUCAACGACGAUAUUACUCAGAGAAGAAACCAUCGAUCAAUCAUUAUGAUGCAUUAGGAGUAAAUUCGAAUGCGUCAAUAAAAGAAAUCAAGACAGCGUUCUAUAAAUUAUCGAAAAAACAUCAUCCCGACGUCAAUCCAGAUGAUGCGAAUGCUGCACACAAAUUUAGUAUAAUUUCGAAUGCUUAUGAUGUCUUGGGUGAUGCUGCUAAACGACGCGAAUAUGAUGCAGAAUUAACGUCUCGAGAUUCGUCUUCCUACUCAUCGGUGAUGUACGAUAGAUCAAGUGCAUAUGCUCAGCGAGCUCGUGCACAUCGUCCAUCGGCAUGGAAGCCACCUCCGUCAUCGAAAAGUUCAUCUGGAGGUUUCCAAGGCACGGACAACGCAUUUGGAAACAGUCGAAGUUCAAGUUAUGGAACGUUUGAUAAGAAUUUUUAUGAUUCAGCAUUUGGUCGAUAUCGCGGCCCAUUGCCGAAAGGCCGAUCGAAUGUCUAUGAUUUCGAUGAAUUCUAUCGGUCACACUACUCGGAAUUCACAAAUUGGAACGCGAUACGAAAGGAAGCUCAGGAAAAGAUGCGACAUGAACAGGAAGAACAGAAGGCAAAACGUCAAGAAAGAGCGAGUCGUAGUUGGACUUCGAAGAUUUCCACAAUAGCUCUUUGGAUUAGCGGUGGGCUUGUUAUUUUAUUUAUAAUUAGUGUUUUACACGAAAUGCAAUUUCAAAAACCGACAGAAGAACUUCGUUCGAACUUCUAUAUUAUUUCAAAGCCAAAACGAAGAAAGCCGCUUGAAGAACCUUCAGCUAAGUCUUAG